AUGGUGGUUAAUAAAGAGAUCGUUGGAAUAACUGGGGGUAGCGGUUUUCUUGCUCAGCACCUUAUUGCAUACCUCCAAAAUAAUUCAACGGCAACCGUUAGAGAGAUUCGAAUCAUCGAUAGACGACCAUUUAAAAAAUUUCUCGAUUAUCCGUCAAGCAUUCCAAUCAGUAUUUUUAUUUUGGAUAUUUGUAAUAAGGAUGAAUUAUCAAAAUCAUUUGAAUCUUGCACAACUAUCUUUCAUUGUGCUGGAAAGCAAUUUCAAUAUAUUCAUAUAAAUGAGGAUAUCGAUGAACAAUAUAUUCACGACAAUAUUGAUACAACCGAAAACGUCAUCACUGUAAUGAUUGAUCAGAGAAUACGAAAUAUUGUUUAUGUGAGUGAUGCUUAUGCACAUUUACCUCGGUGUGAUAAUUAUGGACAUUCGGAACAAGUUCAUAUUAAUAUACCAGAAAAUUUUAUGCUUGGCUCGUAUGGGGAAUCAAAAGUUCGAGCUGAAUCUUAUGUGAUGAAAUUCGCUCGAAAAAAUAUGAUCAGUGCACUUAUUUUACGCCCGACCUUCAUCUACGGCGAAGGCGAAUCACAUCUUACGUCAACAGCAUUCAAUUUUUGCCAAAAAUUUCAAGGAUUUCCUUACAUAUGUGGGAAUAACCGAGGAAAUCAUCAAUAUAUUUAUGCUGGAAAUAUGGCAGCUAUAAUGGAAAGAUGUAUGAACUGUUUACGAUCUGAUGCAAUGAAAUAUAAUGGCGAAAUUAUUUAUUGCAUUGAUGCAACAUCUUGCAUUCCUUUUCGAGAUUUUAUUAUACCAUAUCUUGAGGCGAGAAAUUUUAAUCCAACUUCUACAAUGUCAUAUAUGAAAGCAUUUCUAAUUACGGCUUUUUAUGAAUUAUUAAAUAAAAUUUAUAUGGAAAAAAGUAUUAACCGACUUACCAUGCAAGCAUUUCAAUUUCUAAACGGUUGGACUGUUGGCUUUUCAAACCGCAAACUACGUUUAUUUCUGGAUUUUAUACCACCUUUCGAACAAAGUGUUGCCAUGAAAAAAUCUGUUGCUUGGCAUAAAGAAAAUAUAAAUCAAGCGAUAGCCAUCGAACGACCAAAAGUGGGAUAA